CUCUAUAAGAGUCAGUUCAACACCAGUGGGUGUAAAAUGCCUCCUUAUGUUCUGCAGUGUUGGUGUAAAUAUUCAGAGUUAAAACAGGUUUUUUAAAAAUAACUCUUUACAGUGUAACUUGUCAAGUGUUAAAGGAAAUGCACUCGGUUAGAGUUACUAAAACACUAUAAUGCAGUGUUAAUGAAAAUUCUCCAAACUGAGUGUAAAAAAGUACUCUGAAAAGCUCCGCCCCCUUGCACUUUGUGCCAGACCGAAGAGAAUUUUAUCGGCGCCAUUUUCAACUUCUCCGCCUUGCUGGAAAAGUCUCGGACAGCACCACCACAACAUGUGAGAGAGAUGUAUGCUCAAGGCAUGAUUGAAAAGUUCCCAAACCUGCGUGAUCCUUAUUCCAAAAAUGGAUAUUGGCUACUUAGCAUGGAGGCUUAAAACCAUCCAGAGGAAGAGCACCUUAUCAGAGGGGAGAAGAUCAUCAUGUCAGCUGACUGGGUGUGGACCAACAGCCAGAGGAGAUGCUUCAUUUAACCCUGAGGUGACCCUAAGAGAAGAGCCAUAUAAGGAAGCUAAUUCCUUCAUGAAAUACUCUUCUGAUGAGGCCGCCAUCAGGAACAAAAUGAAGAUGAUGUUUGAUUACCGUUGCAAGAUGGUCCUGGACGAAAACAGAUCAUCCAGCGUCUUGACUGAAUUUCCUCGCUUCAGAGAUGUCAGAGGCUUGAUUGAUCAAGACUUCAUUCUGGAAUUUGGAGAAGAUGUAGCUUCCAGGUUUUUGGAGAGGUGGCCGACUGUUUUCAAGCAUAAAGUGAUCCAGCAGAGCAAGACUCUCCCUACCUCAACCGACCUUGAAGAAGUGAUCUACUGUGCUGAAGGAGCUUCAAGUGAGGAGGAACUGGAUGAGACCCUUACCUCUGGCUGGGACAGUGAUCUUGCUUCCAUCAUUCUCCUGUUCCACCUGAUUCCUCCUUCCUGUCAGGGUUACAAAAGACGUGGGAAGGUUUCUCCAUCCCAGGAUGAGGAGCACCAUGUGGUCUUCCAGAAGGUUUGUAAUAGUGGAACAAGUGUCCAGGAACAUGCUGAUGCCAUGAACUCCACUACGCAGCCCUACCCACUUGCUGUUGGGACAAAGAGGAGCACCAUUCAUGAGUUCUUCAUUGUUCUGGACAAGCAGGUCGUACCAUGCAAGUCAGCCAGCUCACUUGGAGCUUUUGAUGAAAUUUUUCACUUCGUAUUUGGAACUGUUUAUAAUCAAAUGCUCCACAACAUGUACGUCUUGGAACUUGGAGAGUUAAAGGAAGGUGCUGAAAUUGCUUCAGAACUUUGUAGUGAACACUCUCUCUCUCCAUGUCAAACACAAAAUUACUUUCAACUGGGGCUACAGAAUUUCAUCGGCAACAACAUAUUCCUAAUUGGUCACUGGUAAUCUAAAGAUCUAAUUUGAAAAGCUUUUGUGUAAAAUUUUAUGUGACCUUAAGAAAAUGGGUGCUUUUAACUUUGUCACUGACCAAUUGAUAUUUGUCGUUUGUUAAAAAUGGCACUAAUGUCAAGUUCUUCAAAAAAUAUGUAUUUCUUAGAUAAAUGGAUAAAGAUGUUCCAGUAAAUUCACAUUGUCUUAGAAAAGUUUUUUCUUUCUAAUCAAACUGAAAAUGCAGAGAAGCCUUUAAGUGCAUUUUAUUUUUGUACUGAACUUAAUAAAUUAAUAAGACAAGGAAGAUGGGUUCUUUUUGUGCUACAAAUAUCUUUGGCUGUAUGUCGUAAGAAAUAUUAACAAUAGGUUUAUAAAAACAGUAUAUAAUUGUGUAAAUUUUUUUGACACUGACUGAA